GUUUGAGCACAUCGCUGCGUACAUCGUGAUCCGGUGGAUGCGGAGGGACACGGGCGCGGGGUCACCUUCUAUCACUGCAAAAGAGGAAACCGCACAGCGGUGAUACGUCAUUUUCGUGCUUGAGGAAGUCCGCUUUUCCGCAAACGUGUUCAGUUUUGCUUCGCAUCACCCAGCACGAUGUCUGGCUCUUACGAUGAAUCCGCUGCAGCUGAUGAGGCCAUGGACAGCUUUUGGGAGGUGGGAAAUUAUAAGCGUGCUGUCAAGAGAAUUGACGACGGGCAUCGACUUUGCAAUGAUCUCAUGAACUGCCUUCAGGAACGUGCCAAGAUUGAGAAAUACUACAGUCAGCAGCUCACAGAGUGGUCCAAGAGAUGGAGACAACUUAUUGAGAAAGGGCCGCAGUACGGUUCUGUGGAGCGAGCCUGGUUAGCCAUGAUGACAGAGGCUGAUAAGGUGAGUGAACUUCAUCAGGAGGUGAAGAACGGACUCGUGAAUGAGGACAUUGAGAAGGUGAAGAACUGGCAGAAGGACUCGUACCACAAACAGAUAAUUGGUGGAUUCAAGGAAACCAAAGAGGCUGAGGAGGGUUUCAAGAAAGCACAGAAACCCUGGGCUAAGAAACUCAAAGAGAUGGAUUCGGCAAAAAAGACCUACCACAUGGCCUGUAAGGAGGAGAAACUGGCCGCAGGUCGAGAAGCAGAUGCAUCGGUCACCCCUGACCAGCAGAAGAAACUGCAUGAGAAGACAGAGAAAUGCAAACAAGACGUACAGAAGGCUAAAGAGAAGUAUGAUAAAUCUCUGGAUGAGCUGUCGAAGUGCACACCACAGUACACGGAGAGUAUGGAGCAGGUGUUUGAUCAGUGCCAGCAACACGAGGUCAAGCGUCUGACGUUCCUCAAAGAGGUUCUUCUGGACAUCAAAAGACACCUCAACCUUACAGAGAACCAAAACUAUGCUGCGGUGUACCGUGAGUUUGAACGCACCAUUCUGGCUGCAAACACACAAGAGGAUCUGAAGUGGUUUAGUAAUAAUCACGGCCCGGACAUGCACAUGAACUGGCCACAGUUUGAGGAAUAUAAUCCAGAUGCCACCAAUGCUGUAGCCAAGAGAGAGAAGAAGAAGCCAGAUGGAGUUGCUCCUGCGACUCCCAGCACAGAACAUGGAGGUCAACCGGGUGACCGCGGCAGUGUGAGCAGCUAUGAAAAGAACCAGGUGUACUCCACAGAAUGGUCUGAUGAUGAGCAGCCCACCGGAUGUUCGGGGAAUGAGACCAACGGGGGUGGGAACUCUUUUGAGGAUGACUCAAGCUGCAAAGGAGGCGUGCGUGUGCGAGCGCUGUAUGACUAUGAAGGGCAAGAGCAGGAUGAGCUCACCUUCAAAGCAGGUGACGAAUUAACUAAGACUGAGGAGGAAGAUGACCAGGGCUGGUGCAGAGGUCGCCUGGACACUGGCCAGACGGGAUUAUACCCGGCCAAUUACGUUGAGGAAAUCUAAUAAGCUGACCAGAGGACGCCGCACCAUUGGAAGCAGUUCUGAUUGUCUGACCUAACAUGGCAAAAAUGCCAGAGACUUCAAAUGAAUGACUUUCCCUAAAGAUGUGCAACGCAGUCUUGUUUAAAACCGAAAACAUCUUAGUAACCGAUAACCACACUGUAUAUAUUGAUCUUGUCUGGGAGGUGGGUACAAGCUUGCUCGCGACUAAUAUAUAUUUGCAAAUAUUUACAAAUGAUAUACACACAUACACACAACCAAACAAACAAACAAACACAUAAACCAAUAAAUUACCUUUCAGUUAUGCAUACAAAGGAUUAUUUGUGCGGCUUACAUGUUAUUUGCAGAGAUGAGUUUAGAAUACUGUAAUUAACACAAUAUCCAACUGAACAGACCUUCAUGUGGCCACUAUGUGUAUUUUAGGAGAAGUUCAUGUAGAAGAGUCAGUGUGUGCAUUACCGGGUAUUUGUCCAAUGUCUUGCAACUCAGUCGUCGUGUUUAAACAGAAAAUAACACUCAACAGGGCAAUUUAGGCUAUUUCUCUCAACAUCUGUUCAGGCCCUGUUGCGCUGUUUAUUAUAUUAGGUAUUGUCCUCUAGAUGUCUGUGUCUAUGCAUAGCAUGCAUGUGCUAUGGAGCAUGUAGCCCUCGAUUCCUCAGGCUAUCUGUACUGUAUGCAAUCCCCAUAGUGACCUCAGAGGGCAGCAGAAUUACAUUAUCCUCAAACCAGGAAGUGGAGAAACUAGAAACUCUCAGGCUAUGUUCAGAAUGGAAUACUACUAACUGAAUAUUGCAGAGUAUACACUGUUUACUACCUACUGUCUUGUUCUAAUAACAAGCGAAUCUGUAGACAUUAAUCCAUGAUAAAAAUCAAACAGUAGCAUGCUACAUGGUUGUUCCAUGACCUCAUCAUAUUGCAUGUGAGUGGUGUGCAGGCGCCAUAUUUAAAACGGAUGACAUUUUGUGUAAAAUUGCCUUAACUCAAUUAAGAGUCAAUAAGAAGAUAUUAAAUCUUGGCUACAGUUCCAUUUCAUUCAUCAUACUGGAAAUGGAAUGUCAUACAGUAUCAACGCAUUGUGUUCACAUUUUGUUAAAAUUAGUAGUAUUCCAUGCAUACAGAAUAUGAACAUACUGUGCUCAGUAUACAUAUUAUAUGCUAUAAUAGUAAGAAAGAAAGAGUAGUAUGUUAGUAUGCUAUUCUGAACAUGACCCCAGUUGUUCCCAGUCUCUCCACUACAACUGUAGUGUCAUCUCAUGUUUGUUGAAGCCUUGUGCUGUUUUCAGUUACUCCGUGAGUAAAUUGUACUACGCUAUUGUGCUGUCUCAUGGAGUCUUUCAGGUAGAGAAGGUCUUAAAUAAGCAUCAUAUCUUUAUCCGGUAUCUUUUCAUGGACGUGAAUGUUUUCUGAGCACAGUUUGGGCUACUUACGCAUAGCACAUUUCAAAAGACAAAGUCCAUGAGCAUAAUAAAUCAUAAAGUGAAUAGUCCACAACACUAGUUCAGUAAAAGGAUUAGUUCACCCAAAAAAAUCUAAAUUCAGUCACUGUUUACUCACCCCUGUGUUGUUUUAACCCCAUAUGACUUUCUUUCUA